AUGAACCCCGCGCUGGAGGAGGAUGAGGACGCCGCCGAGAAGUUUUCGCUCGAGCUCGAGAUGAAGCAGCUCGGCGAGCUGCAGGAGAGCCGCAACGAGCUGCUGUCGCGCGUGUCCAACCUGAAGAGGGACCUUCAGGACUGGAGGUUCAAGCUCGACAACCAGGUGAAGAGCUACAGGAGCGAGCUCGGGGACCUUCGCAAGACGCUGAACACCGAGGUGGGCGCGCUGAGGAAGGAGUUUCAGGACCUGCGCGCGACCCUGAAGCAGCAGCUGGAGGCGACCGCGGCGAUCGCGGGUGAAGGGGACGGGAACUGA